GGAGAACACAAAGCACCUGUUGCUGCUCUCCAGCCUCAACACACACAGCUGUAAAGACUUGCCCACACCUCUUGGAGUGUGUAAACCGACCGCUGCUGCAUUUACACAUCAGAACACCAGACACGGCGCGAUGGCCUCCUUCAUGUGCUUGACGCUGACUUUAUUCCUCAUCUGCAUGGCUCUUCAAGAGGGUUGUGGACUCCCCUUAUCAGACCGGGCCGAGCUGCCACCUCAGGCUCCACAUCCACACCGCGUUAGGACCAAACGCUGCUCCUGUAACAGCUGGGAUGAUAAAGAAUGCAUCUAUUUCUGCCACCUGGAUAUUAUCUGGGUCAACACGCCAAGUAAAAUACUUCCUUAUGGCCUGGGAAGUCCCCUGUCUCGUCGGCGCCGGCGUUCAGCUGACCGUUGUGAAUGCCUCAAUGCAGCCGACAAAACCUGCUCUGGCUUUUGCCAUAAAAGCUCAGAGAAUCCAAGGACUACUGUUGUGGACCCACAGUUAGAAUCUGCAAACACAAAGAGCAACAAAUUCCUGGAAUCUUUCAGAACUGUGGUGAAGUCCAACAUGGUGAUCGCAAAAGAGAUUCUGUCAACAAAUGAGAACCCCGGUGGGGUCAACAGGCUGAGGAGCAGAACAACGAGGUAGAGGACUGAGCAAACACCAGAAGCGGUUCAACCUCCAUAGCUUCAACCUCCAUGGACCGGAGACUCCUCCAGCUGCCUUCACUGCAAGCACCAGGGUUUUGUAACGUAUCAAGACUCUUAGCGACUCUGAGGACGCGGAGGUGGAAAAGAUGGAAGGCAAAAGAGGCAGUGGAUCAAGCAUUUGAUCAACAAAACACUGGCAGCUCACCAAGACAGAAGCCCUAGGCUGGGCCUAUGUUGGGUGGAGACGUUUAGAAUCAUUUCUUGAACUCUCUUUGAACUUAUCUGAACUCAACAACAGUCUACACAUGCUAAGAAAGGAUCCAUAAAACUAAGGACAUGGGAUAUGAUUUUGGGCAACCACAUCAAGAAAGUUUCCAAUGAUUAAUCAGUCACUGAUCUACUGUCCUUUUCCUUUUCUAUGGACAAAGCACGCCUGUGACUCGUCUGAAUGGAUAGUUUUGAAUCCCCAACUCAUAUUUAUAAUUACAUAUUGCAGUGUCAUAUGUAAUGAUUAUCACAGUCAUACUUUGUAUUUAGUUGGGAAACUCAGAUGUCCUUGAAACUAAACUUCUGUCAUUGCUGACCUUUGGUCCAGUUUAAUAUUCCUCUGUAUCAGAGCUGGAAAUUGCUCUUGUACCUAAUGUUUAGGGCAAAUCAUCAAAUAGCCUUUUAAUUGUCAGGAAGUACUUGAAAAUGGCAGCUUAUUCCGAGAGGCACACAUUGCCUCAGUGAAAUGAAGGUUUUCGCUUUGGGAUUUAUCUAAGAAACACAUACACAUAUACAGCAUACUUUCUGCUAGCAUAACAACUACAUUAGGUCUAUUGUGUUGUCAUGAAUGUUUACUGCGUAGCUCCUGUUUAAUGUUUUGAUUGAACAUAAGCCAAAAAGUUUCAAUGACAAUGCAGCUUGCCAAAACUAUUUUUCCACUUCUGACAAAUAUUCUCUUAAUUCCUCUGUAAUUGGGACAUCAUGACUCUCGACUUGUGUUAUGCUCUUCAAAAGCUAUUUUUUCUGUUCCAUGAAUUCAUUCACUCUAUCUGCCCUGUUCGAUUGUAGUCAAGCUAUGACAGGUGGAAAUAUAAACCUCCCUUGUAAUGUUCAACCUUAAAUAUCUUAAUGCUGUAUAUGAUGGAUAGUUUACCAGCUUAGAAGUUUACUGUAAAUAGAACUAUUUAUUAAUUCUCUAACUUAUUCGGAGAUGUAUUUAUAUUUGUAUGAAUGAUGCACUGAAUUGUUUAUGAGAAAAUAAAAUAUUCUGUA